AAAGGCGUUUAGCAACACUUUCUCAGCUGGGGGCGUAGAAAUAACGGGAGCAAAAUGAUUUUGCGCUCGUGGGAUCGGGUUAAGCCUCGAUCCAUGUCGGAUUUCGCAUGUUUCCUCCUGGUGGCGAUCUUCGUGCCCGUGACGUACGUCUUCCAGGUGACCAUUGUGAUGCCGGAGCUGUUUGCCAUGGGGGGCGUUUGGUACACUAUACUCUGGGUGGCCAGCCUGUUCCUCAUCUUCAACAUCACCUCCAACAUGCUGGCCUGCAUGCUGGUGGACACAAGCAUUCGAAAGGAGCUCCUGAAGCCACCGGUGGAUCCCGGGCAGUUGGCGCGUUGGCACAUUUGCCACGAUUGCCAGACGCUGGUUCCUCCUCGCUCCUGGCACUGCGAGGUGUGCAAUGUGUGCGUACUGAAGCGGGAUCACCACUGUCGGUUCACCUGCUGCUGCGUCGGACACCACAACUAUAGGUACUUCUUCUACUACCUGGUCUACAUGAUUAUCGGAUCUUUGGCGGCCGCAAUCUUUGAGAGCAUCUACCUGUGGCACCUCCAUCCAGACAUCUACUGGCGCUGGUCCACACUGUUCACCAUCUUUGGGCCCGUCGUUAGCCUUUUGCUGUACCCUAGCUGGGAGACCUUCUAUGUGGUCAUUUACGACCUCACCCUGCUGGGAUUUGCCAUAUCGUCGCUGCUCCUGGUCUUCCACUGGUCCAUAGUCAAGAGCGGUUCGGUGACGAGGGAGCGGGGCACCAGAAAGUACGAUCGCGGCUUGCGAGGCAACCUUGAAAUGGUGCUUGGCAAGCGGAUGCAUCUCACCUGGCUGUCGCCUUUUCUACGCAGCGAUCUGCCCCACGAUGGGGUGAACUGGGAACCCACAGCCGCCUUCUCUCCGAAGGAGGAUUAGUUCACACUUGUGCCCUUACCAUCCUUGGCACCAAUAUCGGAUUAAUAUGGUAUAAGUGGCGUUUACUUAUAUUUAUUUUAUAUCAAGAUACUAAUCAUUAAAAUUGUAGGGUCGUCACUUUAAGUCUUAAAGUUUAAAUCAUUCUAGUCGAUACCUGUACCUCAAUAUGUAUUAUUUUACCUGUGUAGUAUUUAAAUUUCCUGUUCAUUCA